CUCUUAUUUUUUUUAACCUUGAGUAAUUUCCCCUAUCAUAGGAUUCCAUUAUCCAAAAGAAGAAACACCAUGAUAGCAAUCAGUUAGACUAACACCCCAACCAAACCCCACUUUGGCACUUUAUAAAAUACUAAAACAAAUACUUUUUUUCUUCAUUUUCAACCCCAAAUCUCCAAGUUAACAAGACCAUACAAAUCAUAUGAUACUCCACUCAACAAGUGAGAAGAGACCUCAAGGAGUAGUAGGAGUAGCCUACAAGUCUACAAGACGAGGAAACAUCAAAAAACACAUCAAAAACCCUAUACAAUCCGCACUUUUGCGAAGCGGUUGCCCAACUCUGUGCUCCGCCGUGUUGCCGCCGCCGCCAUGGGCUCCUGCCUCUCCUCCGACCUGCCUCCCCGCGCCGGCGCCGGCGCGGGAGCGUCACCCGGGUGGCCGCAGCGGUGGCGGAGGAGGAGGCAGCGGGGGGUGGAGCGGGGCGGGGCUGUUUCCGGCGGCGGCGGCGGCGUCUUCUCCAUCGGCGUCGGCGGCAAGAAGCUGCACCACGGCGGCGGAGGAGGAGGGGAGAUGACGGAGGAGGAGCUCGCGAAGGUCGAGGGGAGGGUGUGCGUCAACGGCGCGAGCGCGGCGGCGUGCCUGCACACGCAGCAGGGGCGGAAGGGCACCAACCAGGACGCCAUGGUCGUGUGGGAGAACUUUAAUACAAGUGAUAGUGUCUUCUGUGGUGUGUUUGAUGGUCAUGGUCCAUAUGGUCAUUUUGUUGCCAAGAAGGUCAGAGAUUCUCUUCCUGUCAAAAUACGCACACUAUGGAAAACCAGUGCCAACGAGGACACUAGUUCCCACCAAAAUGGAAGCAUUUCUGGAAGUGUUAAUUCAGAAGAGUCACCUGUUGUUGAUGAUGAAUGGGGUGAAUAUGCUGAUGACAGCGAGAAGCUUCCUGAGAUGUUUCUUCCACUUAAGCAGUCUUAUUUUAAGGCUUUCAAAUUGAUGGACAAGGAACUCAAAAUGCACCCUACAGUUGAUUGCUUUUGCAGUGGAUCAACAGCAGUCACGUUAGUAAAACAGGGAUUGGAUCUUGUGGUUGGGAACCUUGGGGACUCGAGAGCAAUAAUGGGGACACGAGAUGCUGCCAAUAAUCUAACUGCUGUACAACUCACAGUUGAUUUGAAGCCUAACCUUCCAAGGGAAGCUGCGAGGAUCCAGCAGUGUAGGGGAAGAGUUUUUGCUCUUCAGGAUGAACCAGAAGUUGCCAGAGUAUGGUUGCCAAAUAAUGACUCUCCUGGAUUGGCAAUGGCAAGAGCUUUUGGAGACUUCUGCCUUAAAGAUUAUGGUUUAAUAUCUGUUCCACAGAUAUCCUAUCGUCGUCUUACUGAAAAGGAUGAGUUCAUAAUACUGGCCACUGAUGGGGUUUGGGACGUCCUCUCAAACAAGGAGGCUGUUGACAUAGUAGCCGCAGCUCCAUCUCGUGCAACGGCUGCCAGGGCUCUUGUCGACUGUGCUGUCAGAUCAUGGAGAUUGAAGUUCCCAACAUCCAAGAGCGAUGACUGCGCUGUUGUGUGCCUAUUCUUAGACCAUGCAAAGUCACCUGACUUGAUUCAAGAGAACGAGAGCGAGGAAGAAACUACAGAGGAUGUUGCAAUCCCAGACACCGUUGCUAAGGUUGACCAAGACAUUGCACAAGGAGAUGCACAUAUCUCCAGUGAAGAGCAAAUCACCGAGCCAGCAUUGCAGCACUCCUACACAUUAAGGGAUGUUGAUGAGAUUGUACCGGUAGAGGAGCCUCCAGUCUCAAAGGAACCUGAAAGAUGUGGAUCUGCCCGCAGCCUUGCUGAUUGUAUAUCCACAAACGAGGAGGAGGAAUGGUCAGCACUCGAAGGUGUGACGCGGGUCAAUUCCCUCUUGAACCUUCCCAGAAUACUUUCAGGCGAGAAGAGAUCAACCAGCUGGAGGAAGCGGCGAUGAACGAUUCCCCCGCUUAAGUCAGGCUGAGAGCGCAUUUCAGUCGAAACCGGCAAUUUCAGCCAGGAGUGUGCAAAUCUCUUCGGUCCCUGGGAUUUUAUUAGAGCCGAUUUUUAGGUUUCUUCACCCAGAUUGUUUCAUACCCUGUACACUCCAGAUCGAUCUGUUCUUCCUUUUGUUCUCUUGUCAGGAGGUGUUUCAUGCUUGGGCUUCUUUACUUGUUUUUUUGUGUAUAAGAAAGUUUUUGUUCUGUGAGAAGCCUUCUGUAAAAUCAUGUAAUACCUCCUCCCUUCUCCUCUCUUGGUGGAUGGAUGUUCAGUUCACCUGCUGUUUCUAUGCUGGAACAAGAACUCAAUUCUAUAUGUAUUAGCUCAUGAAUUUUCAGCUGCAAGUAUAAAAGCUUCCUAAUUUUGCA